AAACAGCAAAUGAAAUGUAUCCUAAUGUCAUUCUAAACAGAGCAAACCAACUCCAAAGUCCCCAUAAGUCAUUUUAGGGGGGUCUCCAGCCCCCCCAAAAUAGGCCCAAUGACACCUUUUAUCGUUCCCUGCCAUGAGUACAUGUCUUGUGCUGUCAAGUAGAACCCAUUUGAGUCUUGGCUUCAAGUUGAAAAGGCGGAGCUGUUGCCUUCAGGCACACACUGAGUGAGCGGCCAAGGAGAGCAGCAUGCCUCCCAAGCAAGGCUGAGCUUCCAGAAGGACGCCAUCCAUACGCCGACAUCCAUUGGUCACCAUGAAUGCCACCUCAAGCUCUGACCCUGCCUCCAUGCCAGCGACCUUCGAUGGCCCUUACCAGGAAGUGGCCUUAUUUUCUGACGGCGUUGAUGGUUGGAAUCAGCAAAACAUCAGUCACAUUAUUUGGCAUGGGGCAAACGUGACUGAAUGGCCAGGAAACGGGACACCCAUCCGGGAAGAAAAGGACUUUGAUCCCUUGGGGGGACACUCAGUGUGGCAGGUUAUAGUAAUAGUCUUCCUUACUGGUUCGCUAUCACUGGUUACUGUGGUUGGCAACAUCUUAGUGUUGUUGUCCUUCAAGAUCAAUAAGGCCCUGAAGACCGUCAACAACUACUACCUGCUGAGUUUGGCGUUUGCGGACCUGACUAUUGGAACCUUGUCUAUGAACUUGUAUACCACCUACAUCAUUAUGGAUCAAUGGGCUCUUGGACCGGUGGUAUGUGACUUGUGGCUCGCCAUCGACUACGUAGCUAGUAACGCUUCGGUUAUGAAUCUUCUCGUCAUUAGCUUCGACAGGUAUUUCUCUGUGACCAGACCUUUGACCUACCGAGCCAAACGCACCACCAAGCGAGCCAUGACUAUGAUUUGUUUGGCGUGGUCCAUUUCUUUCAUUCUAUGGGCCCCGGCCAUACUCUUCUGGCAGUAUAUCGUUGGUGAGCGGACAGUGCCGUCCAACGAAUGCUUCAUCCAGUUCCUGUCAGAACCCAUUAUUACAUUCUGCACCGCUAUUGCUGCGUUUUAUCUACCGGUCACGAUUAUGUCAACACUGUUUUGGAAGAUCUAUCAAGAGACUGAGAAACGUGCUCAGGAUAUACAAGGUCUUAAGGGUUCUGGUGCCGGGAACAGUCAAAGUCAGAGUGGACGUGAUGGUGCGAGUAAUAGCCAGAAGGGGAAAUCUGCAUCAUUGCAACCAAUGAGCUCCCCGAACGGCAGUGAUGAGAACAAUCAGCAGGAUUCGGAGAACCGGGAUCGGAUCAGUCGGAAAGGAUGUGGUGCAUUCUUAUUCCUGUUUUUAUCCCCGUUGCUGCGUGGCCGUGCAUCUAAAAGGGCCGAUACCCCGGCAGCAGCAGAGCAGGGUAGCUGUGACCAUCUUAAUAACAAUGACGCUUCAGACGGGGAAGAAGAAGUCAAUGAUGAAGAAGACGGAAAGACGUCUAAAAGGGUGAAGAACAAGGAUAUAAAAUCGCCGCAGUCAAACCCUGCUGGAAAGCCCUCAAUGAAAGACGCGGCAACGGCAAAAAGAUUUGCCUCGAAAUCCAAAACCGAUGUCAACAAACGCAAGAACGAAAAAAAGGCCAAUGACAAGAAAGCGGCACGGACGCUAAGCGCCAUCCUCUUGGCAUUUAUUACAACUUGGUUACCGUACAAUAUCAUGGUCUUAGUCAACACAUUCUGCCAGGACUGUAUCCCGGGAACGCUUUGGGCGCUGGGAUAUUGGUUGUGCUACGUCAACAGCACGGUCAACCCCAUGUGCUACGCUCUGUGUAACAAGACUUUUCGGACAACUUUCAGGGACAUUCUAAUGUGCCAGUGGAAUCAAAAGAAAAGCACGUCUCAUCCGAGGAAUCCUGCCGCUUGCCGAAAAUAACAUCAAAUUCCCGUUCGGAAAACAGCAUUUUGAAAAAAGUCUUAGGUCGCCACCAGUUUUUUUCUUUGGAAUUUUGCCCGCCAUCCAUAUUACUCCAUGGUGGAAGUAUGUAUACCAGGGGUCACCAACGCUGAGGCAUCUUCUAAAAGCUGUCUUCAGGCGAGAGGCGGGGUACACCCUGGACUGGUGGCCAGCCAAUCACAGGGCACAUAUAGACAAACAACCAUUCACACUCACAUUCAUACCUAUGGACAAUUUGGAGUCGCCAAUUAACCUAGCCAUAAUUUUUAUUUAUUAUUGUUUUGUAUUUUUAAAAUUUUUGUCACAUACUGAAGUGCGAGGUGAUAUAACCAUACAAUGACAUAAUGGGUACCAUAGUAACCAUCAACAUAGUAACUGGUGGUCAGCCAAUCACAGGGCACAUAUAGACAAACAACCAUUCACACUCACAUUCAUACCUAUGGACAAUUUGGAGUCACCAAUUAACCUAGCAUGUUUUUUGGAAUGUGGGAGGAAACCCACGCAUGCACGGGGAGAACAUGCAAACUCCACACAGCGAUGGUCGAGGGUGGAAUUGAACCCUGGUCUCCUAGAUGUGAGGUCUGUGCGCUAACCACUUGACUACCGUGCCUCCCGUCUUAUAACAUCAAAAAUGAAAACAAAUGAAAACGGACUCUUACCUCAAGUCAAAGUUCAUGUGUGCGCACGCGACCGAUAUAGUGCAGCGGUGAUGAGGAGUUAGCUUACUCGUGCAGUUUAGCCCUCAAAAACAUGGCAGAAAAGCGAAAAAGGACUUACAUUUUCCACAGUGAUUGAAUGAGGAAUAAUUUUUCUUUAUGUAUUUUGAAGAAAAAUGUAUGUGUCUUAUUUGCGGGACGACUGUUGCAAUACCAAAGCGGACACUUCAGAACUUGUCACAAAAGCUUUAAGGACGGAAAAGGCAGCUUUGGACAAAUAAAGGACUUUUUUCACUAGGCAGGUGAAAUAAAUCACAGAAAGGUGUUCCCUCUGACUUUCAAAUAUGUGAGCACAUAAAUAAAUGUUUCUUGUUAAAAAAAUAUGUUUUUGUUACCAUUAUUGUGGAAAAAUAAUUAACAUUGAUAUGUGAGCAGUCGCUUCACAUAGUGUUACUACUACUAUUCCUUUUGUUCUCAUUACCAAAAAGUGAUCCGUGCAGUUUUGUCAUUUUGGAAGUUUACCGCAAACAUGUCAUGUAGCGCUUCAUACUAUCCGUGCCCUCGGCCUCAAAAAGGUUGGUGACCCCUGACUAUACUGUAUCAACCGGAAUACUGUUGGAGGGUUUUGGACCAGCUGAAUCCACGGUACAUACAUGAUUACCUGCUUUUCUCCCUUUGCAACGCACCCAAAGAGCAAAGAUGUGUUCAUGUCUCAUGUAGAGAUUGUGCAUGGUGGGCACAUUUUUAAAAAUGUAGGUUUCUUAAACAGAUUAAAAAGUAAACAGCAGGAUUACAUAAAAGCAAUUUCCACCGAAGCUUAGCGGAAUCCUUUUAGACUAUGGAUGAAGGGGCUAAUAAAAGGAUUUAUUGGUAGAAUUUAAGGUGCUCAUGACACUAAAACAUUGAUAAUAUCAUGUUAAAAUAUUGAUAUUAGUAUCCCUCCUCCACCAAGACCGGGGAAGCCCUGACGCUGAUGUUAUCCAGUCCGAAACCCAGAAGACGUGCCAAGGUGGCAGUAUGUUUUUUUUUUUUAAUUCAAAUUUUUCUACUAAUAUUCUAUAUAUCUUAGAAUGAUGAUAUGGGGUUCCAGUUAAACAAUACCAUAACCUGCUGUAGCCCAUUCUGUGUGUUAUCAUACUCAUUACAGCACAAUACCAGUCAAUGUUAUAUUGUGUUAUUGUUCCAAAUACGUCACUUUCUUCGCUUUGUUGUAAGUUCAUGGUUGUGUUUGGUUGAACCUGUUUGAUGGAAAGUGUACUAGACGUAACGCCACAUUUAAGAUGGCGGCGCUUCUCAAUGCGAGCUUUAUUACGGUUUCUUGUCUUGGUAUCGUGAGCAUGUUCAAGUCGCUGUGGCAACAGAGUAUUGACAAUCGUUCAUGGGAACUAAGAGCACCAAAUGAACUCCUUAAUAAUUUGAAAUAAACUGAGAUGAUGGGAUACUGACUGGGUGAUGCUUUAACAGGCCAGGAAGCCCCCAUCCACAGGAAGAGACACUCCACUCGUCAUUGUGCUCUUAUCACUCAGCAGGAACAAAAUGCUGUUCACUACGUCAUCCACCUCUGCAAAGAAACACAAAAAAGAAAGGAGACUAAAACACAACCAUCAUAUUGCGUACUACAGUUCCAAACAUCUGGUUGUGCCAAUGA